AUGCUGCUUCGUCUUGCUACGCUGCUAUGCAUAUCCACGCUAUGGAUGGGGGUGUUGGCGGUGAGCGACAUCACGUUCAGCACGUCUCGUCGCGACCACCGCCCCGAGGUGGUGGUGCGCCACUACACGCUCAACGUCACCUCCUCCACGCUCUGGCAGGGCUGCGAACCGUUCGGUGGCGUGGCUGUAAACAACUCCUUCCCCGGUCCUACACUGCGCGCAAGAGCGGGGGAGAUCCUCCAAGUCCGCGUAUGGAACCACCUGCCGAACCAGAACCUCACCAUGCACUUUCACGGACUCGCGAUGAUCCAACACCCCGUUAUGGACGGCACCACCCUCGUGUCGCAGUGGCCCAUCUACCCGGGCCGAUUCUUCGACUACCGUAUCCCGCUCACCGCCGAGGAUAAGGGUUCGUACUUCUACCACUCGCAUGCGGGUGUUCAGGCUAUGACCGCCCACGGCGCACUCGUGGUCGAUGAUCCCCAAGGCACCUACAACGACCCUGCCCAACUCGCGCACAGGGAAGAGAAGCAUCCAGGAUCGGUAAAGCUCAGACACGUGCAGGGUAGCAAAGGGCUCAAGAAGGGAGGAGGCAGUGAAGCAGCAGGACCGUAUAGUUGGGACGAGGAUCGCGUGUUGGCACUGGGAGAUUGGUGGGGAUACUCGUCGCUGGAGCGCAUCCAUUCGCAGCUCAACGCGGAUCCGUUUGCGUGGCCCGGUUCAGCGACAAAGUUGCUACUCAACGGCCAAUCCACCCCCGUCGAGGGAGAGACGUGCAAUGCAACAAAAGCCCAGCUCGUCGGUGUGGACUGCAAGGACGCACCUGCUUGCGGUGGUGCUGGGGCAGGGUGGCCGGAAAUCCAGCUGGAUUACGGCAAGACGUAUCGGCUGCGUAUGGUGGGUGCUGUAUCGCUCAUGUACGUCAGUGCAGCGAUCCUCGAGCCGGGCUCGAACCGCCUGCAAAACAUGACGCUGAUCGAGGCGGAUGGAUCGUACCUUGCUGCGCAGACGGUGGAUCGUGUCGAGCUGGCGUCCGGACAGAGGUACUCGGUGCUGUACACUGCGCGAACACGCAACGAGGUCGAGAACGACAAGUCCGGAGGCGUGCACUGGAUGCGGGUCGAGUCAAGGUGGCGUGCAGGUCCCAGCAUGUGGGUUAAACUCACCUACCCCUCUUCGCGACACUCUUCGGCGGCAGUAGUGGCGCCACCAAUGGUGGCUAAGGAUGCGAGAUUGUUGCCCAACGAAACGUUUGGCUGGGUGACGGCGGAUAUGGCACCCUUGCGCAGGAGCGGGGGUGAGGAGUGGUGGUAUGCAGACAAGAUGCCUCGAGACGACCAGGUGACGCGCACGGUGGUGAUUGAUACGCAGCAGGUCAAGUUCUACACGUCCAAAAAGGGCGUAAGGUGGGAUGAGAACGGCGAGGUGUUUGAUGAUACCGACGUGCCUACGCCUGCACCCUACCUUGUGCGAACCAUGCUGGGCGAUAUCACGCUCCCCAGUGAGGCCCAAUUCAACACAGCCCUCCUCAACCCAACCUCGUAUAAUACCUCGUCGGGCUUGCAGCCGAUCGUCAACACCACGGCGAGCGAACUUGCAGCUGCGGCAGAGAGACGUUGGGCCCAGGCGUACGAUUCGGCGCUCAACAUGUACUUCGCGCGCCAGCACGAGGUGAUCGACAUUGUGCUCGUCAAUCGUCCGUCGGAACUCAGCUCGUCGGUCGAAAUCCACCCCUGGCACAUGCAUUCGCACAAACACUGGACACGCACCAUCCAUCCCGGAUCCUUCUCCUUCCAACGUCUCAACUCCAUCUUCGCCUCAAACCCAAACUUCACCAGUCCAAUCCAGCGCGAUACGACCAUCGUCUACGCCAGCCCAGGUGCGGCGUACCUCAACCAAACCCUAUCCUCUGCAAACGACGACGGUGGCUUCGCAGUGCUCAGGUACAAGGUCAAGUCGAACAACGCCGGAUUCUUUUUGCUCCAUUGCCAUCUCCAGUUCCACCUCGCAAUGGGCAUGGCCACCGUCUGGUCAAUCAACCCCGCCGCCCUCAAACCCCUCCACGCCAACACGCCCAAUAUCCAGGGCCUCACGACUGCCUACCUCACCCCAGGCACAAACGUCCCCGCAUUCACCUAG